UGUUCUUGAUCUGAAUAUAAAGAAAGACUGAUCAAGUCCGCUUCUGUCCUCUCCUCUUCUUCUCCUUUUCUUGUGUGACAAACCAAAAAACAAGUAAUAUUCUGAUAGAGAGACGCUAAGAUGUUUUGCAAAGAAGCCACUGAAGCUUUAGAAUUGAUGAAAGAUCAAUGGAGAUUGUCCUUGACAGAUGCAAUAUUGGAUGAUAUCAAUUUCCUCAUUAUGGAGCUCAAGUUUCUGGACAUUUUCCUCAGGCUGCAGAGCUUUACUACUGACAGCAACUUACUGGAUGUUUCCGAACACGUCCGAGCUAUGGUUAGCGUUGUAGGAUCGGACCUCAAAAGUCUAUUCUCCGCAGGAAUGGUGUCACCUGAUCAAAAAUUUGAUCUCACUUUGUCUGAGGUGCAAGAAAAGAUCCGGAUUUGUAAGUCGGAAAUCAAAGCUCAAUACUCUUAUCCUCAGGUAGUAAAUCUUUCUGAUGCUACUCCCACGUCUAUAGCAAAACUCAUUGGUGAUGUAAUAGAGACUAUAAAAUAUGUGGUGAGCACCCCUUUGACUUCUUCCUUAUCUAUUAGUCCACAACUUCAGGAUCAACUCUUUUGCUCAUUGGGUUCACCACUAACUCUCUGUUACAUGCUUGCUUUACAAGACUCUAGCCAAAUGACUUUCUUCACUCAUGCUAUAGCUGUCACUUGUCAUGCAGCAAUGAUUAUCUUCUUGCAUUUUCCUGAGCAUAACAAGGAAACUGAUAUCAAUUCCUUGCUUACUGAUUUCCUAUUGAAGAGAAUUUUUCCCAUUCAGCCAUGUGUGCGCCGUAUCUAUGUUGAAGUCCUCCAAUCUUUUAUGUCCGGACCACAAUUAACCUGGCGUCAUGCUGUCCUAGCAGAAAUGGAAACAAUGUUUACCCUUUUUCUCAAAUUCAAUCUGCUGAUGUUACAAUUGUCUUAUAAAUAUGGCUUGAUAGUUCCGUUGGAGGAUCAAAAUCAAAUGGACUACUUUUCCGAGAUGUUGGACUAUUUGGGAACUUAUCUUGAGGGUUUGCCACCACAGGGCUUUGGAUCUAAGCUUAGAGAAAUAAAUAAUUUGAUGGUCAAUGCAGCACUUUUCAUUUUCUCGUUAUAUGGUAACGAGGAAGACGUGGCAUCUGGAGAAGUAAAUCAAGAGGCCGCCCUUGAUUUGCCUGGCUUGAUUCAGCGUAUCAGCGCUUUGACUUACCAAAUCAUUCAAAUGUCAUUUCAAUCGAUUUUACCUAGGAUUGAUGGACUUGGCUUUGUUGAUUUCCUUCUGGUCAACAUGAAGGAGUUCCUUAACCAGUCUGCUGAUACACUUCCUUCUGCCAAGAGCCAACUUGAAGCUGUGCUGAAGGGUCUUGAAUUUUUGCAUCCUUUUUUGAGGGAUGUUGCACCAGAAAAAUGUAUUAAUCAUGAUAGACUGCAACAUCUUGCCACAGUGGUCAUCGGCAAGGCAUAUGAAGUAGAAUAUAUAGUUGAUUGUUUCAUGACUAAAGAUGUUCCUGGCUGGUAUCUUACACCAUGGCUUUCGGACCUCAUUGUGGAGAUUGAGUUUCUUAAGGCAGAGGUCGAAAAGAUUAAGGAGGACAAGGUGUGUGACGCACUAACAGACAAUUUCACCAAUGCCUCCAAUGUUGCUACAUCAUCACAAUCGGCCAGUAUGCCAAGCACAGCUGAAUAAAUGGUGGGAUUCGAGGACGUGGUGCAAACGUUAAGAAACCAACUUGUUGGAGGAACAACACAACUUGAUGUUGUCUCAGUUGUUGGCACUUUUGGACAAGGGAUCAAGAUGCAAAUUCUGCCGAAGUGUUGUCUCGAAUGCUUGUACAGCGUCGUAUAUCCAUUUAUUCAAAACAACACAAUCUUGUUGAAAGGAGUCCAUCUUGUUUAAUUGUCCAUUCCAUACUAUUCAGGAAGGUUGGUGAUGAUGUUGUUCCCUCAGUCGGCAAUCAGGUCUCAUUUGCUUUUCACAGCUUUAAGUGUCUUAGAGUGUUAGAUCUGGAGUUUAUCACUGUUGAUUCUUUCCCAACUGAAUUAUCUCAACUGAGGUACCUUGCACUUAGAACUUUUGAGGAAUCUAUUCCAUCAUCUAUAGCCAAUCUCCGGAAUCUUGAAACACUUAUGGUUAAAGGGCUUGGAAAUGAACUUUCCUUGCCACACUCACCGUGUAAGAUGGUUAAGAUGAGACAUCUACAUUUAGACGACCGUGCCUCCUUCGAUUUGCAGAACUUAAAAGUAUUCCAUGAGGAUCCCUCGGAAAUAAAUCAUUUGGAGACUUUUUCUACUCCUGCUUUUUCAUCCGGUGAGGAUGUGGAGAAGGUAUUGAGUAAGACCCCUAAUCUUCGAAAACUGAGAUGCGUAUUUUCAGGAUCAUGGGGUUAUUCUGAGGAACAACAAAAGGACUGCAAUCAGUUCCCAAGAUUAGAGCACUUAACCAAGCUUGAAUCGCUCAAGGUGUUUUGUUUCCACAAGCCAGAGCGAUCACCAUGUGUAUUCAAUUUCCCGUCAGAUCUUAAGAAGCUGACACUUUGUGGUUUUGGAUUGCCAUGGAGUGAAAUUUCAGCCAUCUCAACACUUCCUAACCUUGUGAUACUCAAGCUACAAUCCGAUGCCUUUUGUGGCGAAGAAUGGGAAGCAAGUGAUGAGCAAUUCUCCCAACUAAAAGUGCUGAAGCUAGAAAAUAUUUCCUUUGCGUGUUGGAGUGUCUCAGAGGAUGCUUUCUCUAACCUUGAGCAACUGGUUCUGCAUACUUGUGAUUGUCUUGUAAAAAUCCCUUCUGAAUUUGGUUAUUUCACUAGCCUAAAAUCCAUCGAGGUAAAGUCGUGCCAGGAAUCUGUUGCAAAUUCAGCUAGGAAUGUCGAGGGAAUUCAGGUUGAAGAAAUGCAAAAUAAUGGCUUCAAGCUUUUUAUCUACUAAGUUGAUCAAGCAGCAUUUCUUAGUCAUGUAUGCCAUUUCCAGAUGGCUGCAACUUUCAGGUAUGCUCCUUUAAAAAUACUAGCUAGUUUUUACUCAUUAUAUUUCUUUAGAAUUUGCCCGGAAAUAUGUAUAUUCUGUUUACAGUAAGAUGAAAUGUAAGGAUUUGCUUGUGAGCUUUACUCAUUAUCGAGAAGCCUUACUGCAAACUUACUUCCAGUAAGGCAAGCAGCUCAAAGUGAUUUAUCAAGAGCAGCAGCAGCAGCAGCCGGUCCCUCAUUUAUCGAGAUUAUUAAGAAUCUCUUUUGCACUAAACUGGUCUUAAUUUUUUGUUUAUUAUGUGGUCUCUAUUACUCUCGUUGAUUCCUUCAUAUAAUCUAUAAGACCUGAUAUUGCUGAAUAUGCAUGAUUCACAUUUGAACAUAUACUCUUUUGGAGCAAAUGUACAUUUAAGAAAUCCAUUUGGCUAUCUUCAAGUGAAUAACUUCACUCA